AUGUCCUAUUCUAGGGAUCCCCCUGUUUCCCCCGAGAGCACGGUUCGGAGUUUGGCUUUGCGGAUCGGCUCUGAACAACAGCGCUCCCAGAGCGAUGGCGUCAAUCACAGCGCACAGUCGAGGGGUGCGAUUCAAAGUCAGCCCCCCUAUCUCCUGCCCUUACCCGGUUGUGAGGCUCCCAUGCUUUCGGGUGACAUGUGGUCCGCGCUGCCCGACGAGGCAACAUUCGACUUGAGUGAGUCCAACGUUGACCUUAAACGGCAGAUGGAGGGCUCGGUCUCUCAUCAGGACGUCAUCGGUGGCACGUACAAUGACAUCUUCGGCCGGAAUGGCUAUGGCCUAACCGCAAGUGCGUUUCAUCCGUCGCCAGCUGCAUCGUCCUACUCUCCACCGUCGGCGCCCGGCCUUCUCUUACACAGCUCCUCUAUGGGAGAGGAUACCUUCAUCAACCCGGGCCACACCUUUUCUCCUUUUGCCUCCCCAAACACUGGGGCAGAUCUCGCUUUCUCCGGAUUCCCCUCCAAUCCCGCUCCAACCUCCUCACUCUCAGAAUUGAGGCUCCCUUCCGCUGACGACGAGUUCACAGCCUUCCCGCAGAGCAGAUCAGAGGAGGACGAUAUCGGCCCAUCGCUCCUCAAUACUCGACUGCCAUUGGUAGCCCCAGGUCUGCAAGCGUAA